UAUUAUUUACUUAUUUUGAGGCACUUUAGUGGAUCAUCUUUUUUAGUUGGGCAUUCAAAUCACUAAUAAUUUCAUAGCAAGUAUGAACUUUGGAUUCUACUUCAAACAAACCAACAACAUGAGACAUUUUGUAGAAAACUGAGAACACCUUAAACAGACUGAGUUGUAAGUUAUAUCCAAGAAUCAUUUCUAUAUGUCUAUUGUGGUAAUGAUAUCGUAACUAUAUUUCAAAGGUAUUGCUAAUUAGAAAUAAUUAGUGAAUAUUUGGAGAUAAAUUUAAUCUAUGUGAAAUUUGCUUUUGAAUAUUCUAGAUAGAUGUAGUCACACAUUUUUAGGAGAAAAAUAUAAAAUGAAAAAAUCCACAGAAACACAUGGUGGCGCUAUAGGAUAAGAUGAAACAGUGCAUAGCUCUCCCUGUGGGCUCCACUAUCCAGAAGACCAGAGAACAGCCAAUCCAUUGAGAAGGGAGGUAUUACAGGAGCUUCACGGACAGAGCUGCCAAGGUUUUUCACUAGAAAUAUCGGACCUUCAUCUCUCAAAACUGGAACUGAAUUUGAAUUUUGGAAUAAAAGAAGUUGCCUGAAGUAACCAUGGGAACCGGAAGGGCACUCGUCCUGCAGAAAAGGCAAGUCUUGGUUUUCACUGUUUUGCUGGGAUUGUCUCAGGCGAGUACUGAAUCUCUGCGCUACUCUGUAGCAGAAGAAACAGAAAUAGGCUCUUUUGUAACUAAUCUGGCAAGGGAUUUAAGGCUGGGGGUUGCGGAGCUGUCCUCCAGGGAUGCUAGGAUAGUGUCAGAUGAUAAUAAAAACCAUCUACUCCUUAAUUUACUCACUGGUGAUAUGCUUCUGAGUGAGCGACUGGACCGAGAAGAGCUGUGUGGCUCCACCCAGCUCUGUGUGCUGCCUUUUCAAGUGGUACUGGAAAACCCUUUACAGUUCUAUCGAGCUGAGCUGCAUGUCAGAGAUAUAAAUGAUCACUCCCCUACAUUCUUAGACAGGGAAAUAAUGAUUAAAAUAUCAGAAAGCACAACUGUUGGAGCUACGUUCUUAAUUGAGAAUGCACAAGAUCUGGACAUAGGAAGCAACAGUCUCCAGGACUAUAGCAUUAGCCCCAGCUCUCAUUUCAGUGUUAAAAUUCAUGACAGUGGUGAUGGAAAGAUAUAUCCGGAGCUGGUUCUAGACAGACCUUUAGAUCAUGAGGAGGAAUCUGAGCUUAGAUUGACACUUACAGCUUUGGAUGGUGGAUCUCCACCCAGGUCUGGAACAACAUUGGUUCUCAUAAAGGUCUUGGACAUCAAUGAUAAUGCUCCUGAAUUUGCUCAGAGUUUCUAUGAGGUGCAGGUCCCAGAGGACACACCAGUUGGCUCCAGUAUUAUGGCCAUCUCUGCUAAAGAUUUAGAUAUGGGAAAUUAUGGAAAAGUAUCAUAUUCGUUUUUGCAUGCAUCAGAAGAUAUUAGAAAAAACUUUGAAAUCAACCCAACAUCUGGGGAAGUCAACUUGAGAUCACUACUGGAUUUUGAAGUAAUACAAUCUUAUUCUGUAAAUAUCCAAGCAACAGAUGGUGGAGGCCUUUCAGCAAAGUGCACUCUUUUAGUUAAAGUAUUAGAUAUAAACGACAAUGCACCAGAAGUGACCAUAUCGUCACUUACGAAGACAAUUCCAGAGAAUGCUUCAGAAACCCUCGUUGCUCUAUUCAGUGUCCGAGAUCAAGAUUCUGGGGACAACGGAAGGGUUCUCUGCUCCAUUCAGGAUGACCUCCCAUUUAUCCUGAAACCCACUUUCAAGAACUUUUUCACUCUACUUUCUGAAAAAGCACUGGACAGAGAGAGCAAAGAUGAGUACAACAUUACCCUCAUAGUCACCGACCUGGGCACACCCAGGCUCACAACCCAGCACACCAUAACAGUGCAGAUCUCAGACAUCAACGACAACGCCCCUGCCUUCACCCAAACCUCCUACACCCUGUUUGUUCACGAGAACAACAGCCCCGCCCUGCACAUAGGCACCAUCAGCGCCACAGACUCAGACUCUGGCUCCAAUGCCCACAUCACCUACUCGCUGCUGCCACCCAAUGACCCACAACUUGCCUUGACCUCACUUAUCUCCAUCAAUGCAGAAAACGGGCAGCUGUUCGCACUCAGAGCGCUAGACUACGAGUCCUUGCAGGCCUUUGAGUUUCCUGUGGGCGCCACAGACCAAGGCUCACCUGCACUCAGCAGCCAGGCCCUGGUCCGCGUGCUGGUGCUGGACGACAACGACAAUGCGCCUUUUGUGCUCUACCCGCUGCAGAAUGCCUCUGCGCCCUGCACAGAGCUGCUACCCAGGGCUGCUGAGCCUGGCUAUCUGAUCACCAAGGUGGUGGCAGUGGAUCGUGACUCUGGCCAAAAUGCCUGGCUGUCUUUCCAGCUGCUCAAGGCCACGGAGCCUGGGCUGUUUAGCGUGUGGGCUCACAAUGGCGAGGUGCGCACCACCAGGAUGCUGAGCGAGCGCGAUGCAACCAAGCAUAGGCUACUUCUUCUGGCCAAGGACAAUGGUGAGCCUCCUCGGUCAGCUAGUGUCACAUUGCAUGUCCUGGUGGUGGAUGGCUUCUCUCAGGCCUACCUGCCUCUGCCAGAGGUGGCACGCGACCCAGAGCUCGAAGAGGACUCACUAACACUCUACCUGGUCGUUUCCUUGGCUUCUGUGUCUUCAUUCUUCCUCCUGUCUGUGCUGCUGUUCGUGGGGGUGAGGCUGUGCAGGAGGGUCAGGGCAGCUUCUUUGGGCAGCUGCUCUGUGCCUGAAGGCCACUUUCCUGAACAUCUGAUGGACAUUACACACACUGGAACCCUGUCCCAGAGCUACCAGUAUGAGGUGUGUCUGACUGGAGGCACUGGAACAAAUGAAUUCAAAUUCCUGAAGCCAGUCAUCCCCAGCCUUCAACUCCAGGAUCCUGGUUCUAAUAUGCAGGAAAAGGAGAACUUUCGGAAUAGCCUUGGAUUUAAUAUUCAAUAGAAAAAAAUCCUCUUAAUAUUUUCUUUCUCUUGACAAGAUUGCAAAUGCUUUUUCUUUUCUUACCUUGUAAUGGAGUUUAGGUUUUACUGAUGCAUGCAUUUUCAUUUCACAUGUUUUUCUCAGAGUUGCUUUGAAAAUCUUUAUUGGGAUUAUAGCGAUGCAAAAAUAACAACCUGCAUUUUUUGUCUUGUUUAUUUUGUCAAAGUGUUGUGUGAAUGGUUCUGCUGCUUGUUAUGCAAGACACAGCAAUGGAAAUGCUGACUAAAGUAGUUAGAGUGAAUUUUUUGAGCUGGUGAUUGCUGUAAUACCAAGAGAAGUCCACAAACAGGCAGCCCUCGGUGGAUCUACAGCAAAAGCCAGAGAGGGAGGGAGGGAAGGGAGGAACUAAAAAGGAGCAAACAUUAACCAUACACAAAAGUUACUCCAAUAUGCUAUUAAAGCCUUGCAGACAGAGAUUUUAAAUGUUGUUGCAUCUGGGUAGAAAUUAUGUUAGAUCAUUUAUA